AGCAGCGGCAGCAGCAGCAGCAGCGCGGCAGCCUCGAACCCGGCCCCGAGCGCAGGGCGGCCGCCGCGGCUCCCGCUCCUCUCCACUUGCGCCCGCCCAUGGCGGCCGCCGGGCAGCUGUGGCUGCUCUACCUGUCCGCGGGUCUCCUGCCCCGGCUCGGCGCCGCCUUCAACUUGGACACCCGCGAGGACAAUGUGAUCCGGAAAACUGGGGACCCCGGGAGCCUCUUCGGCUUCUCGCUGGCCAUGCACUGGCAGCAGAAGCCCGAGGACAGGCGGCUGUUGCUCGUAGGGGCCCCGCGGGCCGUGGCCCUUCCACUGCAGAGGGCCAACAGAACAGGAGGCUUGUACAGCUGCGACAUCACCUCCCGGGGGCCUUGCACACGGAUUGAAUUUGAUAAUGAUGCUGACCCUUCAUCAGAAAGCAAGGAAGAUCAAUGGAUGGGGGUCACCGUCCAGAGCCAAGGUCCAGGGGGCAAAGUUGUGACAUGUGCUCACCGAUAUGAAAAAAGGCAACACGUCAAUACAAAGCAGGAAUCCCGCGACAUCUUUGGAAGGUGUUAUGUCCUGAGUCAGAAUCUCAGGAUUGAGGAUGACAUGGAUGGAGGAGACUGGAGUUUCUGCGAUGGCCGAUUGAGAGGCCAUGAAAAAUUUGGUUCUUGCCAGCAAGGAGUUGCAGCUACUUUCACGAAAGACUUUCAUUACAUUGUGUUUGGAGCCCCAGGCACUUAUAACUGGAAAGGCAUUGUUCGCGUAGAGCAAAAGAAUAACACUUUUUUUGACAUGAACAUCUUUGAAGAUGGGCCUUACGAAGUUGGUGGAGAGACUGACCAUGACGAAAGUCUAGUUCCUGUUCCUGCUAACAGUUACUUAGGCUUUUCUUUGGACUCAGGAAAAGGUAUCGUUUCUAAAGAUGAGCUCACUUUCGUGUCCGGUGCUCCAAGAGCCAACCACAGUGGAGCUGUGGUUUUGCUGAAAAGAGACAUGAAGUCUGCACAUCUUCUCCCUGAGCACAUUUUCGACGGGGAGGGUCUGGCAUCGUCAUUCGGCUAUGAUGUGGCAGUGGUGGACCUUAACAAAGAUGGGUGGCAAGAUAUAGUUAUUGGAGCCCCACAGUAUUUUGAUAGAGAUGGAGAGGUCGGAGGUGCGGUGUAUGUUUACAUUAACCAGCAAGGCAGGUGGAAUAAUGUGAAGCCAAUUCGUCUCAAUGGAACCAAAGAUUCCAUGUUUGGCAUUGCAGUAAAAAAUAUUGGUGACAUUAAUCAAGAUGGCUACCAAGAUAUUGCCGUUGGAGCUCCCUAUGAUGAUCUGGGAAAGGUUUUUAUCUAUCACGGAUCCCCAAACGGAAUAAACACCAAGCCAACACAGAUUCUCGAGGGUAAAACACCUUAUUUUGGAUAUUCAAUUGCUGGAAAUAUGGACCUUGAUAGAAAUUCCUACCCUGAUGUUGCUGUUGGUUCACUCUCAGACUCAGUAACUGUGUUCAGGUCCCGGCCUGUGAUUAAUAUUCAGAAAACCCUCACCGUAACACCGAACACGAUUGAUCUCCGCCAGAAAAUGUUCUGUGGGGCACCUAGUGGGAUAUGCCUCCAGGUGAAGGCCUGUUUUGAAUAUACUGCCAAACCCACAGGUUACAAUCCUUCGAUAUCCAUUUUGGGUACACUUGAGGCGGAAAAGGAGAGAAGAAAAUCUGGGCUGUCAUCAAGAGUUCAGUUUCGAAACCAAGGCUCUGAGCCCAAGUAUACUCAAGAGCUAACUCUGAACAGGCAGAAGCAGAGUGCGUGCAUGGAGGAGACCCUCUGGCUGCAGGAAAAUAUCAGAGAUAAACUACGCCCCAUUCCCAUAACUGCUUCAGUAGAGAUCCAGGAGCCAACCACACGGAGGAGAGUGAAUUCACUUCCAGAAAUUCUUCCGAUUCUGAAUUCAAACGAACCCAAGACAGUUCAUAGAGAUGUGCACUUCUUAAAAGAGGGAUGUGGAGCCGACAAUGUAUGUAACAGCAACCUUAAACUAGAAUAUAAAUUUUGUACCCGGGAAGGAAAUCAAGACAAAUUUUCUUAUUUACCAAUUCAAAAAGGUGUCCCAGAACUAGUUCUAAAAGACCAGAAGGACAUUGCUUUAGAAAUCACAGUGACAAACAGCCCUUCCAAUCCAAGGAACCCCACAAAAGACGGCGAUGACGCUCAUGAAGCUAAACUCAUUGCAACUUUUCCGGACACUCUGACUUACUCGGCCUACAGAGAAUUGAGGGCUUUCCCUGAGAAACAGUUGAGUUGUGUUGCCAAUCAGAACGGCUCACAAGCAGACUGUGAACUUGGAAAUCCUUUUAAAAGAAAUUCCAGUGUGACUUUUUAUUUGAUUUUAAGUACAACUGAGGUUACCUUUGACACCACAGAUCUGGAUAUUAAUCUGAAGCUGGAAACAACAAGCAAUCAAGAUAAUUUGGCUUCAAUUACAGCUACAGCAAAAGUGGUUAUUGAACUGCUUUUAUCGGUCUCUGGAGUUGCUAAACCUUCCCAGGUGUAUUUUGGAGGAACAGUUGUUGGUGAGCAAGCUAUGAAAUCUGAAGAUGAGGUGGGAAGUUUAAUAGAGUAUGAGUUCAGGGUUAUUAACUUGGGUAAACCUCUUAAAAACCUCGGCACAGCAACCUUGAAUAUCCAGUGGCCAAAAGAAAUUAGCAAUGGCAAAUGGUUGCUUUAUUUGGUGAAAGUAGAAUCCAAAGGCUUGGAAAAGAUAGCUUGUGAGCCGCAAAGUGAAAUAAACUCCCUGAAACUAAAGGAGUCUCACAACUCAAGAAGGAAACGGGAAAUUGCUGAAAAACAGACAGAUGAUGGCAGAAAAUUUUCUUUAUUUGCUGAAAGAAAAUAUCAGACCCUUAAUUGCAGCAUGAACGUGAACUGUGUGAACAUAAGCUGUCCGCUGCGAGGGCUGGACAGCAAGGCCUCUGUUGUCCUUCGCUCGAGGUUAUGGAACAGCACGUUUCUAGAGGAAUAUUCCAAAAUGAACUACCUGGACAUUCUCGUCCGGGCUUCCAUUGAUGUCGCUGCCGCUGCUGAGAAUAUCAAACUGCCACACGCAGGCACUCAGGUUCGUGUGACUGUGUUUCCCUCAAAGACCGUAGCUCAAUAUUCAGGAGUACCCUGGUGGAUCAUCCUAGUGGCUAUACUUGCUGGGAUUUUGAUGCUUGCUCUCUUAGUGUUUUUACUCUGGAAGUGUGGUUUCUUCAAGAGAAAUAAGAAAGAUCAUUAUGAUGCCACAUAUCACAAGGCUGAGAUCCAUGCUCAGCCAUCUGAUAAAGAGAGGCUUACUUCUGAUGCAUAGUAUUGAUCUACUUCUGUAAUUGUGCGGAUUCUUUAAACGCUCUAGGUACGAUGAUAGCGUUCCCCGAUACCAUGCUGUGAGGAUCCGGAAGGAAGAGCGGGAGAUCAAAGAUGAAAAAUAUAAUGAUAACCUUGAAAAAAAACAGUGGAUCACAAGGUGGAAUGAAAAUGAAAGCUACUCUUAAAGGGGGCCAGAAAAAGCUUCACAGUUCCCAAACUGCACCCUCCCCCUCCCAACUCAAAUCGAAACGGACUUAAAAGGCUGCUCCAUCCCUGGAAUAUUAACUUCAGACAGACUACACACAGUACGAACUGAGCAGUUUCAACUGUGGACGUGGUCAUGUAGCCUGAGGCUCCGGUUUUGCACAGCCAAAUUUAAGACUGUUGGAAUGGAUUUUUCUUUCACUGCCUUAAUUUAACUUUCCGGGUUGCCUUUGUUGUUUUGGUGUGGCUGACUUACACGUGCCGGGACAGGGACCGCCGGGUGGCGCUCACGUGACAUCUUCCCGCUUAGCCUAGCUGAAGAGGGCUCCCCGUCUCGGCGCUAACAGACUGGUCCUAACCUGGCGCUGCCUCUGCACACAUUGUUCCCAUAGGACUCGAGAACUCGCAAGUUAACUGUCCCUCAUCACAAGACUAUGCCGUCGGGGGAGUUGUAUUUCGAUUUAAAGUGCUAUUCUUAAAUGUGCAAUAGGUGAUGUUGCCAUCCUGCCAUUUUUUUCCCAUUUCCUAGAUGUGUGAAUACUCACACUAGAUAACAUACAGGUUUCAUGCUUCCUUUUCACUAAAACACACAGGUGCAACAGACUUGAAUGCUAGUUAUACUUACUUGUAUAUGGUAUUUAUUUUUUCUUCUUUAUAAACCAUUUUGUCAUUGACAGGCCAAAGAUUCUCUUCCAGUUGGAUUAAACCAUCAGAAUUAGAACCUGGAUUGUCACUGGUUUGGAUUUACUGCAAAACAACAACAACAACAACAUUCCUUAUAAAGUUCCUACUGCAUCUCCCUUCAUGACAGCCCUCACACGCCUUCCUCCAGACCCAAAAUGUUUAAGAAAUAGGAAUUAACCAUAGAGGUUUAAUCCUUACCACACAGUGGAUAUUUCUGAGUUUGGAGCCCUGUGUGAUGUGUCCUGCAUUUUGUGCUGUAACUUUCAGGAACCCUUGGAAAUCAUGUGUUCGUUUGCUGAACUUCAGUGCAGUUUAGUCCUUACUGCAAGUAUUGUAUAAUCAGGACUUGAAAGAAAUGGUGGGUGCCUCUGGCAGAUCCAGACUGAUCCAGCGUGAGACUACUGAGUAUCUGAUACCGAAAGUCAGAACAUCAUGGCUUUUAAGUUUUUAAAUGUUGGAAACAGUGAGUCAAUGUUCUGUCUUUAACUUUGUUUCCUCCCCUAAUCUGUAUUCCCCCAAAUUACUUUGGGACUGCACUAACCACAAUUUUAAAUGGCUUAAUUAUAAGAAUGAAGUGGCAUUUUUAUACAUUCAACAGAGAUUGAAUAGAUAGUAAAGCUGAAUUUAAAAAAAUUUCAAAAUGUUAUAUGGGGAAUAAUAGCAAGCAGGUGCUAAUUUGUUUGCAUAUAGUAUAAGCAGUGUCUCAAUCUUUCAAAAGAACAAAAUACAGCUAUAUGUGCCAUUUUUGCUGUGGAGCUUUUUUUUUUUCUUUUCAGAAAUCGUAUGCCCUUAAGAUACUCUUGUUGUACUUUGGGAUUUUCAUUCACAAAGACAGUUUUACAAAUGAUACUUUGUUUACAAAAAUUUCUCUAAAAUCGGUCAUACCAGUGUCUGAAAUCUCAAUUUCUUCCUUAGGUAACUUGUAACCUAAUGCACUGUCUUUCUAGGUUGCUAAGAAGCUGGUAUUUUGAGUGUUACAGACCUUUGUUAUAAAAAAAAUGAAUAAAAGGGAGGGAGGAGGUGGAAGGGUGGUUCAACAACAAUGAAACAAGAAUGUAGUGGUGUAUAUUGUUAAAAAUGUCAUCUCAAGUCAAGUCACUGGUCUGUUUGCAUUUGAUACAUUUUAAUACUAACUAGCACUGUAAAAUUAUUUCAUGAUUAGAAAAUACCUGUGGAUAUUUGUAUAAAAGUGUGAAAUAAAUUUUUUAUGAAAGUGUUCA